AUGUCUCAGCUUUCUGUCUUUGUUUGCGGCGCUACUGGUAUCCAGGGAGGUGCUCUAGCAAGACACCUCAUUCAUCAAGGCUCUGCAGUCCAUGCACUCACCCGCGAUCCAGGCACGGCCAAAUCAAAGACACUCGAGGCGCUAGGUGUUAAGCUAUGGCAGGGAGAUUACGACAAUGAGAAGGCUCUCCGAGAGGCUAUCUCUGGUACCAACACCGUUUUCAUCAACUUCAUGCCGGACUUCAGUGACUUUGGUGCCAACCUUCGUCAUGCCAAGCUGAUCUUGGGAAUCGCCAAGCAAGUCGGUGUAACUCAAAUCGUCUACUCCAGCCACUCUGUCCCUGAUAUUGGUGCUCUCACCUACUACGAUCCAAAUAGCAUGGUUGCGGUCAUCCAUAACUCCAAAAAGGACAUCGAAAAAGAAGUCAAAGCUGCCGGUUUUAAGUACUUCACCAUCCUCCGGCCAGGCUAUUUCAUGACCAACGUGUUGGCUUUCCACAACAUCAUGUUCCCUGGUCUCGCUGAGACUGGAGCCACCGUGACUUCUCUACGUCCCGAUACUAAUAUCCCGCUCCUCGAUGACGAAACCAUGGGGGUCUUCCCCUCCGCAGUCAUCAAUGAUCCAGAGCGGUUCAACGGAAAAGAGAUCCUUUAUGCGGACGAGUAUCAAACCGUGACCCAAAUUUUCGAGAAGCUGUCCAAAGUUGCCGGACGCGAGCUCAAGAUGGUCCCAAUGUCCGACGAGGAUAUCGAGGCCCAGAAGACGUCAAACCCGUUCAUUGGCGGGCAAUUCAUCAUACGAGAUAUGGAAAAGAUAUAUGAUAUGGAUGAGGUUAAGAGCUGGGGCCUUCCGCUUUCGACCUUUGAUAAGUUUUUGGAGAGAGAGGCAGAUGCUAUCCGAGCCGUCUACUCGAAGAAUACUUAA